AUGAAUUCGACAUGGCCCCGCGGCGCCCCCGGCUUGCCCUCGGAGCCGCAGGUUGUUGCACUGCAGCAAGAAAACGCCUCCCUCCGACAGCAGGUCACUGCACAAAGCGCUCAAAUUGCAGCUCAGAAGACCCAAAUUGAUUCCCUCCAAGCGAAACUGCAAGCUCUUGAAGAGAAGCUGGAAUCAGCCAUCACAGUGAAAUCCUCUCUGCCCUCUACCAUUUGCUCCUCCUCCGACAUGGACGUUCAGACUCCCGAAGGAUGCACUGGCAAGCGCCGUCGACCCAACACUCCCCUUGAAUCUCUUCACCUUUCUGAAGAGGUUCAGGUAUCCAUCAAGACGGCCUUGGUGGAUCUUGAAAAGCGGUUGGAUAGCCGCUUCAACUCCGUCCACCAGCUUCUCACUGCACAGCACGAAGCUCUAAAUUCCCUGCGCACAGACUUCGCCGCCUACCCCCCCGCCACGUCCUUCCAAUCUCUACAGUCAACAGUUGAUAGCCUACAAACUGCCAUGCUUGGAAGCAUCCGAGCAAAGCCACCCCUCCAUGCCCGCACCACCACCUCCUCCGGCGCCGCCCGAACCUCGCAAACACCGGCCGAGUGGAACUGCCGUGGUUUUCGUCCCAAGCGUAACCACCUCCUUCUCCACCUACAACAACUAGACCCCUCGGACGCGCCUGAUAUCAUCGUACUACAGGAAACUCACGCCGACGUCUCCCUCUCGGGUUACGUCGCCUACAACCAAGUAACUCACCAUCCUCUGCCCCAUCCCGUGACGGCCGUCCUCACCCGGCGGACGCUCACUGUCAAUCGACACGAUCUACCCUUCCCUGCAGUCCAUCACGUCUUUCUCGAGAUACUACCUCAGCAACGUGAACAGCCCUCUCUGUUUAUUCUCAACGUGUACAACCCCCCUCGCUCCACUGAAGAUGCGUCUCUCCUAGCCUUGCUCCGUGCCGCUGCAGCGAAAGCAGCCAAAUCACCCCUUCUUAUUCUCGGCGACUUCAACGUCAAGCAUCCGGACUGGGGUUACUCGAAGGCAGAUGGCCCCGGAAGGAGGCUGUGGCAGCUCGCUCACGACCUCAACCUUUCCCUGCUCACCGACCCCACGCAACCAACGCGCAUCGGCAACAGUGUGUGCCGCGAUACCACCCCGGACCUCAGCUUCUGCCGCAGCGUGCGCGACGCGCGCUGGUCUAACACGCCAGUCCCUCGGCACAAGCCGCGCCCACACACGGCCCGCUAUACAGACUGGGACGCUUUCCGAGAACGGCGGUUGCACUCCGCCACUUCCAACAUCGAGGACCUCUCGACGUGGACCGACCAGCUGCUAGCGGACCUCGACGCAGUCACCGCCUCGAUCCCCACCACGGAGGACCAUCCGGCAACUGACGCCCGUCUUGCCCACCUGUGGGCCGCCCGCACCGGCCUUUGCAACCGUUGGCAGAAGCAACGUCACAACCGUCGCUUACGCCGCCGCAUCGCGCACCUCGAUCGUACGAUCGAGCAACACACCACCGCGCUCGCCCGCCAACAGUGGGAGCAGCUCUGCUCGGGUCUCUCUGGUCAGUUGAGCUGCAAACAGUCCUGGCAUCUCCUCCGCCACCUCCUCGACCCUGCUUCCGCCAAGUCGGUCGCUCGGCAGCAGUUACAACGAGUGGCCCGGGCUUACCCCGGCGACACUCCGUCGCUGAUGGCAGACCUGUCCGCCAAAUACCUUCAGCUUCUGCCUCCUGGCACACCUCCUCCCCCUCUCGCGUCCUACUCUGGGGCCCCCAACCCAGUACUGGACGCCGAUAUCACGGAAGCGGAGGUCUACGCGGCAUUACAGAAGCUCCGCACCACUUCCGCCCCCGGCCCAGAUCGCAUCCCCAACAAGCUCCUCCGAAACCUCGACGCCCCUUCGCCGGGCAAGAAACUCACAAUCGAGAAUCUCAGGCCCAUUUCACUCACCUCGUGCGUGGGCAAGCUUCUAGAACAUGUCGUUCUCGCUCGCUUGCAAACGUACACGGACGCACACCAUCUCCUUCCCCACACCAUGCUUGGUUUCCGCCCCCACCUAUCCACGCAAGAUGUCCUCUUACAACUCCACCAUGAUCUCCUCGACCCACCCACAUUUUCAGACACAAAGGCUCUCCUUAGCCUGGACCUUCACAAGGCGUUCGACCACGUCUCCCAUUCGGCUAUCCUUGCCGAACUCGCAGCCCUCAACCCCGGCACCCGCACCUACAACUACAUUCGCGCGUUCCUCACCGCCCGCACGGCCGAAAUCAUCAUAGGGGACCUCCCGUCUCCCACGUACGAGCUUGGCCCUCGUGGCACCCCUCAGGGCGCCGUCUUGUCGCCUUUCUAUUCAAUCUUGUCCUCCGCUCGCUUCCUGGAAGCUGGACCGUAUCCCCGGUCUUAA